AUGGCAAACUUCGGCGACUUCCAAGCCUCUCUCGUUUCAAACAGAAAUGAAUUCUCGCUUGCCCUUGUCAACGUCAACCUAGAUAUCUCACUCGUCCGCUGCAACCCUGCGGCUGAGUUCCAACGAGUAGGCUCAGCCCUUACAGCACGGAGAAAGAGAGAAGCAGGAGACGGCAUCCUGCACAAAACCGCCUGUCGGCUUGGCUUCCUCUUCAAUGACAUCUUGCCUGACACUCCUGAGCUACUCAAAGCCUUUGGAACUCGGGCGUCAGAGAUACUAGACAGUCCGAACAUCAACCCUCAGGGCACGACCGACGAUGGCCCUUUCAAAGACUUCAUUGGCGCUGAUGGGACCUGUAUCUGGGCUGCCGCAACCUCUACAUCCGCGUCUAUUGGGGCGUACCUGCUACCAUGCAUCCUGGCACGCGCCUGGGACGCCAAAACUGCAACAUCUAUCUGGGUUGAAUUGACUCGUGAUCGUAAGGCUCAAGUUCAAACGCUCAUCGACAUUGGCAAACUAGUCAACCCUCAUACCGAUGCAAGCGCAAGAGCCUGGCUCCGACGAGCUGACCGCUCCAUGGACCUGAAGUGGAACCAGUUUACCCUCAUUAUGAAUAAUGUGAGGACCCCAUUUAUUGAUACCGGAACGAUGUAUGAGAAAAGCCUUCUAAACAACAAGCCUCAACAAGCGGACAACAGGAUCGUCUUAUUCGCCAUAUCAUCGUGGCAUCUAUACCCGAAUCUACUGGUCUUUCAAGAAAACGCCAAUAAUGUCGUCUUUGGAGACAAUCUCUUCCAGGACUCGGCAGUGCUCAGCUUAUGCCUAGAGUACCGCGUCGAUCAUAAAGGAGCAUUCAACAGAUGGUCCCUCGCCUUAUCACAUCUUCGAUACUACGGUAGCCCGGUCAAGGUCAAAGGCGAAGAGUCUCUAGAUCAGCGUAUCAGUGCGAAACAAGUCUGGCUCUUGGUUCUGGGGGCUACGCUACACCAGUGGCGUGUCGCCUCAUCAAACGUCGACGACUCCAUUAUCUGGUUCGAGUAUUUUGGAAAUUUGUUGCUUAUUGGUCCCAAACGCCUCAAGAUUUCUAAGGUGUAG